GCCAACCUCAAGUGUCUUGUCUCCUAUCAUCUUCUUGUUCCGAGUAUCGUUUACGAAUGAACCGCGAUCGAGCGAUCGGCCACUUCAAUUGGCGACCCACCACCACCUUUGGCAUCCUUAUUUUUACAGUAUCAAGCUGUUUACCUGGAAAGUCAGUUUUCCUUCAUCGGGGGUUGAGUAGCAAUAGUGAGGAGGUGACGAUGAGACUGUUGGUUGAUUGUUUGAGAGAGAUGUGUUAUUUCAGUACGUGUUUAUCAUAAAAUUCUAGACAAAUGUUGAGGUGUUGAGUGUGAUUGGCAACAAUUGGACAUCCGUCAGAGGACAAUUUACGAUUUUUUGAUUUUUUUUAUUGUUUGUGUGUUAAUAAAAGAAACGAAGAUUGUUCGACGCGUGUUGUUCCCGACGGCGGGAGCCGGGAGGGUCGUGGAAGUGAAGGACAAGGAGAUUGACCACCACCCGACGGAGGAGCGGGUGGUGAUUAACGUCACUGAGGAGGAGGACAUGUCGGCUGAGACUGAUAUAGAGGUGGUAUCAGCUGAGGAUAUUGACGCAUCUAGGAGUAGCUCAACACCAGCGGACAUGUUGCUGCAGGAGAGAAAUGGUAAAGGUGGAUGUGGUAUUGGCAGUCAUCCCUUCAGCUUCGAUGUUGGUAAAGCCGCGUUAAGACCCGUCUGCAAUCCCCAGUAUACGUCAUUCAGUAUAUCGAGUAUACUUGGUAGACCGGAAUCACCGACAGCUGAUGCCACUGCCGCUGUCUCGAUAGAGCGACAGUCAGAUGGUGACAGGGCAUCACCACCACCAGCCACUACCUCUCAGAGGCUUGGCAUGUCCCAUAGUUCGUCGCCGUCGGAGAGUAGGAUGAUAUCACCGACGUCGUUAUUAAUGCCCGGAGAACAGAGAUCACCUAUCAGUCGGGCCAACGAGGCUAGGGGUAAUCCUGGUGCAAUUCCUUGGGCAACGAGUGCUGCUAGUCCUCCAGCUGGCUUUCCACAGGCUGGAGAUCCUGUUAAUUCCUUGAUGGGGCAUCAAGCGUUGUUAGCUAGAUUGGCCCAGUUGUAUCCAAUACCUGGUAGUUUCUUUUCAUCGUCGGCCCAGCUGCAGUAUCAUCUUCAGCAGCAGUCGCAUCAUGGAAGGCUGCCGACGGUGGGAUGUCAGUCGGAGGCUGCAAAGGCCGACGGCAUUCGGGGGCUCCUGGGCAAUGGAGGCUGGCCGUUUCCAUGGACGCACAGCUUACAAAGCCUCGAGCAUCACACCCAGAGUGAUGUUGGGGCACUCAAUCGUGGCAGUCCACCCACUGGAUCCUAUCUCAAACGAGAGGAAUUGGAAGACGACAAUCCGGCUGACGAUCGUCUUCACAGCGGUGGCAGGAGUCCGUCAAGUGGUGACGAGGGUCACGACGAUCUUGGGGACGUGGAGGAUGGACCGGAGGGUGAUGGUGAUGGAGAAUCACCGGGUGGUGGUCACUCGUCAACCGGUGGUAGCGGUAGUGGUAGUCAGAGCGUCCAGGUCAAUGUCAAUGACAACAACAAUGUCAAGAGGAAAAAAAAGACAAGAACUGUAUUCUCGAGAUCUCAGGUAUAUCAGCUUGAGCACACAUUCGAGUGUAAACGUUACUUGUCAUCAUCAGAGCGCGCCUCUUUGGCAGGACAAUUGAGAUUAACAGAGACCCAAGUGAAAAUUUGGUUUCAAAAUCGGCGGAACAAGUGGAAACGUCAAUUGGCAGCUGAAUUGGAAGCUGCCAAUAUGGCGCAUGCGGCACAGCGGCUGGUACGCGUGCCCAUUAUAUAUCACGAGCCAAGUUCAACGAAUUCUGGUAGCACCGGUGGUGGAAUAUCGAUACAAUCGACAACCUCAAGUAAUCAAUUACCAGUGGCAACUGCUGGCACUCAUUCGGUUGGUGUUGCCGUCGGUGUUGGCACAUCAUGCGCACCCUGUACAACAGCACCACCCAUAUUCUACUCACCUCAUCACUCUCAUCAUCAUCACCAUCAUCAUCCACCCCAUGUGCAACCUCACUCCUUAUUACCCCACCAAGUACAUCCACAACCACCACCACCUCCACCACCACCACCCAAUUCCGCCCAAUCCGCUCAGUCAUCCCAAUAACCCUUUCCAUCACUUUAUCGUCCUGAUGCACUGAGUCAGCGUGAGCUCGACGCACGAUAUUCGAGAUUUCUCGCUGCCCCGUGAACUCCCACGAUGGAGUCGAUGAUCGUGCCGAUGAUGAACAAAACAAUUCCAUUAUGUCGCUAAUUGUGUUAAUAAAGAUUAAUAUUGUAAUUAUAAUAUAAAUAUGAUGAUUUAAAGGAAUGGAGGAUUAUUCGCGCGAUAUUCAACGCACCGCUUUUAAGGAGACAAGAGUAAAUUGAUGAAAAAGAUAAGAAAUAACGAUUCGU